CUUCAAGAGCUGGACGCUGUGGAGGAAUGGCAAGGUGUUGGUGGCGAUAAGCAGCUGCGCCGAGGAGAACAACCCCUGAGAUAGCAGCGAUCCAUCUGGAGCGAAUAGCAGAUCUUUUAUACAUAAAUGUUUGUAUGUGUUUGAACAACAAUGUUUUAAAUGCUUGUAUCGAUACUUGACUAGUAUAAAAAUGUAAGGCCCUUGCUCAACCCAAUGAAUCGGGAUGCCAGAAAGAAGUAAGGAGACUAUUACGAAAGAAGGACUGUUUCAGAAGUGGAAAGAGUCUGUGGACAGAUGGCUGUGUGUUUCAUCACCUCCCUCCCUCUCCCUCUCCUUCCCUCUCUGUCUCUCUCUCUCUCUCUCUCUCUCUUUGUUUCUCUUUCUCUUCCUUCACUUUGAGUUCCUAAAGUCCAUGAAUAAUCCUUCUGCUCUACCUCCGAAGGUAGAUUCCUUCAUUGUUGUCAAUGGUGCAGAUGACAGAGAUGCAGGCAUCUACUCGGACAACUUUUAUUCUCAACGAAUGAGUCCUAUGCGAAGUGCAUUGCGUCGAAGCAUGCUUCCAUGGGUUAGAAGUGAAACUAAAGACCUUGCUGCCCUCCAGCAAUGUUGGAGGUCCCCGUUUCUAGACAGCUACUUUACAUUAACAGCGUUUGCAGGCCAUCCACUGUUCUUUGUCUGUAUUCUACCAAUCAUGUUUUGGUAUGGCCAUUCGGUCUUUGCGAGAGGUUUCGUUAAUGUCGCCUGCGUUGGUGUGUUCGUCACCUCCUGGGUCAAAGACUAUCUUUGUUUGCCUCGGCCCCUAUCUCCUCCUCUCGUUCGCCUCUCCCGAUCCAAGCGAGUCCAUCUUGAGUAUGGUUUUCCUUCAACGCAUACGAGUAAUGCCGUAUCAAUUGCGCUUUAUCUCCUCUCAUGCUUGCUCAUCUCAGACUGGUCUAUUACUACAAAAUUGCUGUCAGUGGCUGGCUUAGCCAUCUACCUGUUCAGUGUAGUCUUUGGACGACUUUAUUGUGGAAUGCAUACAAAGACUGAUAUCCUUGGUGGUUUUGCCAUUGGCGUGGUCGUAUGGGCUGUUCAAUGGGGUUUCCAUGAUACAAUUGACGCGCUGAUGACUGAUUCAAGCUGGAAAGUUGUGCUUGUCGUGGUGCUUGGAGGUAUCUUGCUGAUCCAGAGUAUUCCAGAGACCAUGGAUAGCUGUCCUUGCAUUGACGAUGGCGUUACAACAAUGGCGGUGAUCAUGGGCAUCUUCCCUGCCAGUCAGCAUUUCGCGCUUUCGAAAUAUGCCGUCAGUGAGAAUGGACAUCAUGGUAUUGUUCAUUACGAUCCAACAGAACUUAGUCUUUUCAAAUCCACCUUACGCUUUGUGUUUGGGCUAGCAGUUAUUUUCACUUGGCGUAUGGCUGCCAAAAAGCUUUUGUACAUUUUGCUCCCACCGCUUUAUCGCUAUUUUAAUCUACCUUCAAGGACACAUUUUGUUCCUGCAAAGACUUAUGGAAACCUUCGCAGCCAACCUAUUGGUCGUGUCCCAUCAGUCAUGGAUCUUUCGGCCUUGGCAGACUCCUCUAUUGAGAUUGUGGGCCCUCAAUCAACAAUGGAUAUUCACGAACAAUUUUCACAGACUCGAUCCUCCAAACGACUCAGUGCACAGAAUUUUGACGAUUGUAAUAUCGUGACUAAGGAACAUUUUGGAUUACGCCCUAGUCACAUUAACAAGACUCGCCAGGGUGAUGACAAAGAUUUGCAGGCAAUUAUAUCCACUCCAUCUGCUGAAGAUAAUACGUUAGCAAAAGAAGCAACAACGACAGCAGUAGCAGAGGUCAAAGAAUUGGAUGAUGAUGGCGUCAAAUCAGAUAGAGAACUGGAUGAAUAUGAAAGGAUUGCAAUGGAAAAGUUUGAACAGGAGCAUCCCAGCUGGGCACGUUUUGAUGUGGAUAUUGUUAUUAAGACUGUAGUCUACGCAGGCAUUGGAUGGCUGGCAGUAGAUACCAUCCCCGUCAUGUUUGAAUUGAUUGGCCUCGGCACUUCUCAUCAUCUCCCUCUUCAGACAUCCUAAACCCCUUUUAAGUUUUUUAUUGAAUAAAGUAAUGUGUCA